AUGGAAGUUGUAUUUUUAGUAACCAUUUUGCUUGAUCAUAAAAUCGUGUCGCGAUUCAUGGCACUCCAAAGAUAUAAAUGCAAAAGUACUUUGAAAAUUCCGGCAUUCAUUGAGCCUUAUUUGACCUGCCCAGUAUUGAAAGCAGUUUUAAGAGCUGUUAAAAAGAAUGUUUGUAAGUUUAUCUUGCCCAAAGAGCAUAAGCUGACGAGUAUUAACUUCAUUGGCAAUAAUCCCUCUGCAACUUAUGUUGAAGUUACCGAGCAGGUAGAGAAGCCAUUUCAUUACUUUAAAGUUUCACCCAGAGUUGUUCAUAGCUUUAUAAUAGACGAGUGCUUCUUCAAAUAUUACAGUUUAGAGCUUAAGAAUUUGCGCCAUGGUCCUUCAUUUAAUAUUGGACACUGUCUGCGUAUAUUAAAGAACUACACUGACACUCAGAGAACUCCUUUAAACCAUCUUCAGUAUCCACCAGCAUCAUCUUCUAGUUCUACCACAUCAUGUUUUAAUGAGGAAAACAAAAAAGAUAUGUUCAUCAGUGAAAUUCAAGGCUUGCCACUAAAGAUUUUAUAUCACAUGUAUUUUCUGAAAAGUAUAUUGAGCUCAGAGAGUAUAGGAACACAGGCAAUUGAUCUGUCAAAGAGAGGUAUCCAAGCUCUUGAUUAUGUGAGUUUCUUCACCAAACCUAAUGGUGUGCAGUUGUUAAUUGUAUAA